GCGUUGCGUUAAAUAUUCGUUAAAAUCUGAAAUAUGACUUUAAACUUCAAAUCAUCACUUCAGAGGGGCUGUGACUUUAUCCAUGAUUUUUCCUGCUUUCCAUGUGAAGAGAACGGAUUUAACACAGAAGCUCACCAUUAUUGUACUCAAUGCAAAAAUUAUUACUGCCAAAACUGUGUUUCAAAACAUAACGGAUUAUAUCAAAAGCACGCUGUGCUCGACCGCAAGGACGUGAAGAAAUGGGAGGCAGCCCCAGGGGCGGUGAACGCCCUGGAGAGAUGCGGGAUGCAUCCCGGGGAGGCGCUAAAGCUGGUAUGUGCCGACCAUGACCAGCUGUGCUGUCAUUUGUGCGUCGCCGUGGACCACAGACAAUGCUCCAAAAUCCAUCCCAUUCCAGAUGUAGCAAAAGGUAUUCAGAGAAAUAUUGAGUUUCAACAAAUUCCAAAGAAGAUAGCUGAACUUGAAAAGCAAUUCGAGCUGAUGAAAGAAGCAAGAAUGAAGAAUACGACAUCUCUGAAAAAGACGCGGGCAGCAAUUUCUGAUGAAUUAAAAACCAUACGUAAAAAGAUCAACGAAAUCCUUGACAAGAUUGAGAAGGCAACUUUACAGGACUUGGACGAAAUGAUAGCUGAACUUGAAAACGAUAUAAAGAAAGAUAUCGAAACAUGUGAUAAAAUGACUAUCGAACUGCAAAACUUGAUUGCCACUUUUCAAACAAAAUCAAUAUCAAGCGAGUCAAAAUCAUAUAUUGCGUACAGAAAGAGCCAGGAUAUGAUUUCACAAGCAAGCGAUCAUCUUCGUGGCAUAUCAGCCAUUGAGUGUUACAAUGUAACAUUUCAAGCCAAUAACCUUAUACAAGAACUUUUAUCUUCAGUAAAGACCUUUGGAGCGAUUGAAGAACAAAAUGUUACAACCAAACAGCGAGAAGAUCCCCUUUCCGAUCCAAACCACGUCUUCAGUGUUGCAGAGUACAAGCAGUACAACAUGAAGAUGAGGGGUGACGAAUAUCGAUGUGGUAUCUAUGGCGUAUGUGAAAUGCCUAGUGGAGAGUUUGUAAUAGCAGACAGGAAUAAUUGUAAAGUGAAGCUCCUGGACAAGGAGUACAGGGUGCUCGACCACUGUGAUGUCCCGGAGUAUCAACGGGACGUGUGCCACAUUGACGGAAAUGAAGUGGCCGUUUGUGUUAACAGUGUUCAUGCUGAUAGACGAGGACUUUAUUUCAUUAAUGCUACGAAAGGGAGAUUCGUAACUACGAGGAAGUUAAGAUUCCCCCAUAAUUUGAUUGCCGCAGCUCAUCAUGGUGGCCAGCUUUACAUCUCCUCCGGUAACGCACUGUACGUCUACACGAUGUCGGGACAGAAGGUGAAGAUGCUGUACGUGGACAUGUUUGGGUGUAGGACGGUAGAGAAAUGUGCCAUCAGUAACGACGGAAAGACAAUCUACAUCACAAACAUCAGUAAAUAUCCACUGAUCACCCUGGACAACAAGGGUAACAAGCUGGCCUCUCUCAUUGACCCCGACAUGAAACAACUUACCGCAGUACACGUGACACCUGCUGAACAUGUGUUCGUCUGCUGCUUUGGCUCCGACACAGUGCUGCAGGUUGACAAAGACGGCAAGAAGACGUUGGCCACCCUGGCAAGGAAAGAAAACGGUGUGAACGGACCGCAUUGCUUAUUUUUCAGCAGCCGCACUUCCUCUCUGAUUGUUGGUGGAUUUAAAGACACACUUCUUGUUAUCAAGUUAAAUUAAAACUAAAAACGUUCAAUGUUUUAAUUUGGUACUAUCGAACAGGAAUCUUCCCUAUUGUUGUUGCAAAGUAUAUUGUAGUAUUGUCAUACAUGUAUAUAAUUGUUUUGUUUAGA